UUUUCACAAUUAGAUCGUGCUAAUUUAAAAGUUGUACACCCGACCAGCCGACUAUACACACGAAGUUGCAAAGGAAGUACUACCGUGCGCACAAUUCUAUGACCUAACGGAACGGAACGAAUUUAAGCAACUCCUGGUGCGUACAACUGCCGGUUCCGGUGUUCUAAAAAAGUAACGUUUCUUCUAUCAAAAAUAUAUUCUUGGCGGCAAACAUCUCGUGCUCAAAAUAUCAAACGAUGCUCUGGCUCCAUGGGGCACGAUUAUAAACAGCUACAUUCGCAUUUAUAUCUCUGUCUGAUUCUUGCCUCGGCACAUAACAUAACGAUAAACGAAUUAUAAAAAUAAACCACUUCGAGUUAGUGCUACAACGUCUGGCACGCUGCUGCGCCCGUUAAAUUAACCUGACGAUUUUCUCCUUGAAUCACAUCAAUUUACUUCCACCGCGAAGCCGCGUUUGCACAUUCAUCCUGAUUCUGUAAUAAUAGAGAAAGCAGAAACAGAUUACGUGUGACGGCUAACAGCUGAUAAUUCUAUUACCGACCGUUUUAUAAAUGAGACCUCCGCGCGAUACGACGACGCGUUUGCCGUUGCGUUAACACCGCAGAUGAUGUUCGAUAUUUUGAAGAAUCAUCUGAUCACGUAUACUUUCCUGUUCUUAUCUUCCCGCCGUAUUUAUUCGUUUGACGAGUGACUUGAAGUAACAAUGCAGUCUCGUUACUGUCGUUGAAAACGCUCCACGCAUAGUAACGCAAAAUCUUGACCCUUGACCUCCCUCAAAUGUGGACAAGAUCCUUAGACUCCUCAAGACUCCUCUCACCGUCACAUUGGCGCGAUUAAUUCUCCGAUAUAAAAUACAAAUGGGUUUUCCUUGAAUGUGGGAGACGUCAUCAUAUCGAUGUGUCUGUUUCAUUAUCGAUAAACCCAAAACGAUCGCCGGCCGGUUUUACACGGAACUACUAAGGAAUCAGGUCGACGGCGACGUAGGAAUCCAUGAGUAUACGAGAAAGCGAAUGAUGAUGUCGCCAGACGAUGACGUCGUACUCGAUAAGUUGUACUCGAACGGAGAACCGGCCGGGUGGGGCCUGUUCGUUGAGUCGCUUAUACGACUGGCACAUUCAGUAUGAAAGUGGCUGUAGAACGGUGCGCACGUUGAUCGCAGGCCUUGAAGAGAGACUCUGGGGACCCGUCUGACCUCUGUCUCUCUCUCUCUCUCUCUCUCUCUUUCUCUUUCUUUCUUUGUCUCUCUGACACGCGCACCCACAAUGUUCGUCGAAUGACCACGGUGUUUGAAAAUGUGGUGAAAAGUUGACAAGUGCGCGACAAAUACCGACACGAUGUUGUACCACGCGCGGUCCUGUGCUCUGACGUUCGUCAUUGUUCUGCUACUCGCACUGUGCAGAGUGUCGAGCGGCGCGAAGCCGAUCAUCUGGCCGAGUGUGAAGGAGCUUGUGAUAAACGAAGAUGAACUUUUAGAAAUCACAUGCACCAGCGACACCCCGAUCCAGUUUACCUAUCCAUUCACCAAAGAAACGGUAAACACUUCGGAUGCGAGAACGGCCGAGACUGAAGCGGACGGCGUUUACAAGUACAUCUUCCAACGGCCGAAGACCGUUUACGGAGACACAGGCUGGUACAGUUGCGCCAACGAGAAUGUCGAGAUCACUCCGUAUAACUAUGACGAUCCCGAGGUGAACUGGCUAUACGUUUACGUGAGAUCCGAUAAAUUCUUCUUCGUCGAGGACGCUGAUAUCUCCCCCAUGGUGGAUGCGUUCGGCGGCGAUGACGCCGUGAUACCGUGCAGGCCUACAUCGCCGGACAUAGCGGUGAACAUCGAGAGCGAAAUUGGUGACGAAAUAAAGAACAGGUCGUCGUAUGAUCCGAAAAUCGGUCUCACCGUUAAGAACGUCACUGUGAAUCACAGCGGCUACUUUACCUGCACGAUGAAGCUGAACGACGAAGAGCAGGAUAAAACUUACACGUUGACCGUGGAACAGAACCACCCUGUGCCCGAGCCGAUCAUCCACGAGGAGAAUUUGCGUCACAUUAUUCGCGGCGAGGACCUCCGUGUCAAUUGUACCGUGGAGGUACAAAGCUCCGUCAAGUACUUGUUCAAUUGGACCAAAAUUCCGCCAAACAACAGCAGCAGAAUGAGCACUAGGUUGUUUAACACUAAGAUCAGCGAUUCCCUCAACAGCGUCACAUCUGAAAUGACGAUUCUUAACAUAACGGACGAGGACGCGGGGAUGUAUUCGUGCUUCAUCACGACGCUGCGCGGGUCUAAGAAUACGUCGAAGCGUAUUGAAUUACAUGAUCCUCAAGUAAGAUAUGUCAAUAUCACAACUCAACACGGUAAUACCUCCUAUCAGGCAGAGAAAGGCGGCGAUAUACAAUGGGUUGUUUACGUUUACGGCUAUCCCAAGCCAGUGAUACAAUGGUUUAAUCCGAGAGGCGACGAAAUUAUAAAUUACAAUAAAUACUCUGUAAUAAUAGAUUCGACGUCUACCGUUUUGAGAAUCAAAAGAUUGCAAGUUGCGGACACAGGAAUUUACACAGUCGUGGCUAAGAACAACUACACGAUGAAACAGAUCAACUUCACGCUGGAAGUCAUGGCUAAACCGCUUACCGAGUUGGUGAAUAUAGAUACUUACUAUAAACCCAAUGAAACCGUGAAUUUUGUUUGCGCAAUGCUGUCCUAUCCACGACCGGACAUCUCGUGGACUUUCCUUAAAUGUCCCAAUUAUCCGUCGCAUACAAAUUCAACGAUCGUACGACCGACGAAAGUGGUGGAAAGUGCACCGACCAAGAUCAACGUCGUCUCGACGGCCGAAAUAUUGAUUGAGAUGUCGGGAGUAUUAACGUGCGAGGCCUGUAACAUUCGCGGCUGCGACAACUCAACUGUGAUCAUCUUCGUGUCCGAUGGAGACGGAGCUUUCAGUAUCAUCAAGCCAAAACAGAAGGUGGCGAAAGGCGAUAGCGUGGAGUUGACAUGUGCCGCUUCCGUGUACAAUUAUACAAGUGAAUUAACAUGGACAAACGAAAACGACGAACUCAUCGAAGAAAUAGGGAGGGUCGAAAUUUUUCAUCGUGAAACUCAGUUCACUUAUCAAUCAAUCUUGAGGAUCAAUAACGUCCAGGAAGAAGACGCUCGGCAUUACACCUGCAACGGACAAUUCAAAUCGGAGGAUGAUCAUAUUCCUGACUCUACAAUUUACACGUUAAUCGUUAAUGAGGCGAUAAAACCAUUCUUCACACAAACCAACAUGAACGAGACUAAAGUGAAGAACAUCGACGAAGAUAAGGACGGUCACGAGAUGACAGUUCUGAGGUGUAUUGUGGGCGGAUUGCCGACGCCAAAAGUAACCUGGUACAAAGACAACAUACUGCUGAAGGAAAACGGACAGUACAAUUUCACAGACAACUAUCAGGAGCUCAACAUCAGAUACAUGUCGCAAUCGGACAGUGGGACUUACUCGUGCCGCGCCAGCAAUCGAUUAGGCAUGAAGGAAACUUUCCAACAAAUUAACGUGAAGAACAGGAAGUGGAAUAAACACGACAUAAUAUUGACCACUUCGAUAGCAUUGCUGGCUUUCUUCUUGGUGAUUUUAGCGAUCUUCUUCAUAAUAAAAGUCCGUCGGGAGAAGAAAAUGAAGAAGGAGUUGAUGGAAGCCGGUCUUAUGCACUUCGAGGAAGGCGCCUUGGAGUGUUUGAAUCCAGACUUGACGGUCGACGAUCAAGCGGAAUUACUUCCUUACGAUAAGAAAUGGGAAUUUCCGAGAGAACGAUUAAAGCUCGGCAAGCAAUUGGGUAGCGGUGCGUUCGGGGUGGUGAUGAAGGCGGAAGCGCAAGGAAUAUGCCAGAGCGAGACCGUCACCACCGUUGCGGUGAAGAUGGUUCGGCGAACCACUGAUCCGACUUACGUUCGCGCGCUCGCCAGCGAACUGAAGAUCAUGGUACACCUUGGCAAGCAUCUCAACGUCGUCAAUCUUCUCGGUGCAUGCACGAAGAACAUCUCCAAACGCGAGCUGCUGGUGAUCGUCGAAUAUUGUCGCUUCGGCAACUUGCAUAACUACCUCUUGAAGCACAGGGCGGAUUUUAUCAAUCAGAUUGAUCCCAACACUGGAAAACUCGACAACUCCAUCGGUCUGGAUGUGUUGACGAGGACUGCCAGUGUCAGCAGUAACAACAGGAUAAAAUAUGCGGCAUUAUCCUUUUCUCGCAGUCUUAGUGCGAAUUCAGGCAUCGACACGGUGCAUUAUUGUCCGGCAACUAGCUCGGACUCUCAGGAGAUCUGCUUGUCGCCAAGCGGCGGCUGCAUUCUCAGCAAUAAUUCGAUUCAACCUGGCUGGAGGUCGAAUUAUCGCGGUGACUACAAGGACCACAACCUCAAGCCGAUUUGCACUCAGGAUCUAUUGUCGUGGGCGUUCCAAGUUGCGCGCGGAAUGGAAUAUCUCAGCCAAAGAAAGGUGUUGCACGGUGAUCUGGCCGCGAGGAAUAUCUUGCUCUCCGAGGACAACAUAGUGAAAAUUUGUGACUUCGGUCUGGCGAAGAACAUGUACAAAGAUGGCAAUUACAAAAAGAAGGGAGACGGUCCGUUGCCAAUAAAGUGGAUGGCGAUUGAGUCGAUCAGAGAUCGAAUCUUUUCCACGCAAUCAGAUAUAUGGUCCUACGGCAUAGUGCUUUGGGAGUUCUUCACUUUGGCCGAGACGCCGUAUCCUGGCAUGGAAGCCGAGAAACAGUAUCAAAAGCUGAUUGAGGGCUACAGAAUGGAGCAGCCGGAGUACGCCAUGCGCGAAAUCUAUGACAUAAUGCUGCAAUGCUGGAAGGCGAAGCCCACUCUGCGACCAAGUUUCACAGAUCUCGUUCAGAGCAUCGGCGACUUACUGGACGAAAGCGUGAAAUCGCAUUAUAUCAGUCUGAACACACCUUACAUGGACAUGAACACGAUGAUCCUGGAGGGCGGCAAAAACGACUACCUGACGAUGAUGUCCGCGCCGGACCACACUGCCCUGUCAUCACCAACGCACUACGUAAACUCGCCUUUCUUGGAGAGCGGCACUGAUCCUGCGUAUUUACGCAUGAGUCCUGGCUAUCAGACGGACGAGUCCGGCAUAUUUAGCCCCAGACCGCAGCAGGAUCAUUCUCACUUCCAGUUCCCGUCGCCGGCGUCGGACUCCGAGGACGCCGUCGAGCAGUCGCCCAUGCUCAAGCAGGAAGACGAUCCGUACCUGAAGCCCAUCAAUGUUCAAGAACGGAGAGCUGAGUUCGCGCGGCAGAGGCAAACGAUGAAGGAUCAAAUGACCAACCGAAUGGACGACCGAGACUCUGGUUACUGCAAUGCGCCACGAAAUCUACAUUUGAUCGACUUGAACGACGUGGACGAGAGUGACUCGCCCAAAGAGGCGGAGCAAGCCGACAAGGCGGACUCGCGGAAGAUGGACUAUCCGCCGUCCAUCAUUAGCACGCAGGACAAUUAUGUGAAUAUGCCGAAGCAGAAGAGCGACCUGCGCAACGGCAUGCCGGAGAGCUUCAGCAAUCCCAGCUACGUGAUAAUGAGUAACCGCGAGAUGGAUCAGCGUGCUUAGUCCGCGAAACUCGGUGUGUGUGUGUGUGUGUAUGUGUGUGUUUGUGCGCACAUACAGUCUGGUCCUUUCUCAAGUGCAGGAUUCGACGUGAGAUCGAGAGUCCUGUUCGUAAUGUCGAGCUGGAGUGACUUUCCCUUCCGAUGGUGCGAGUCGUAACCGGUAUUGUACAUUAAACUCCUCAUCUAAUAUAUACGCUCCUCGAACAAUGUGCCAUGGCGAUUGACAACGGAUCAGGAAUGAAAUCGGUGAGUACAGGUCGUUCACACACGAAGGUAACGAUUAAUUAUGACCAUCUUAUAAAUCACAUUUGAUUGAUAGAUACGAUUGUAACCAUUGAGUCUUAGGAAUCGACUGGUACGUAUCCAGGUGUUGGUGUGAUACACUUGAAAAAUGCAUCACGAGAAAUCCAAAGGUUUAUCGUUGUUAGAAAUCUUUCGUUAGAUUGGAAAAAAUGAUUAAUCGCGCUGUACUUGUGUGCGGAUGAUUUAUUCGUCUCAUUUAUCAUCGCGAAAUAUAUGGUUAAAGUAACCGAUAGAAUAUCGUGCCACUUUAUCAUUUGUUAGAAUCGAGGAUUCCGAAUCUAAAUACUUAAUUAGCUUUUAAUGUAAUCACGAUCAGAAUAUCACGAUCUAUAAUAUUAUUAUAGUAUGUUAUAUAUUGAGAUGUUCACUCACACACGCAAAGUACAACGAUAUAUUAUAUUUAAGCGAGAUAAAAUAUCAUUUAAUGAGAAAAUACGUUAUCAAACUUUUUCCAUCGGUGACAUUUUUUGCUCUUAUUAUUAUCUAUUUAAAACGCUAUUUUUUUUAUCAU